CAAGCGAUCGAUCGAAGCACCACUUCUCGAGAGGAGAGCAAACCGUCGCGGCUCUUCUCCGACCCAGUUCGGCCGCCUCAACCAUGUGCAAGUUCGCGGUCACGAUCCCGUCGCUCGUCUGCCUGCGCCGCGCCGUGCGGCGGUGGCGGUCCCGCGCCGCCGCCGCCGCUGUGCCGGCGGGGCACGUGGCGGUGCGCGUGGAGGGCGGUGGCGACUGGUGCGGCUCGAGGCGGUUCGUGGUGCGGCUGGCGCACCUCAGCCACCCGGCGUUCCGGGACCUGCUGCGCCAGGCGGAGGAGGAGUACGGCUUCCCGGCCGCGCCCGGCCCCAUCGCGCUCCCCUGCGACGCGGACCACUUCCUCGACGUCCUCCACCUCGUGUCCUCGUCCUCCUCCUAUUCCUGCUGCGGGCCGGCCCUGCGCCGCGGGCGUGGCGACUCGCGGCCGCUGCUGCAGGGGAUAGCCGUGGAGAAGCUCGUGUGCUGAACUGCUGAUCGAUCAAUCCGUCAUCGCGCCCUGCCCUGCUCCAACCGUCCAUUGGUGAGCAAUGGCGACCAGCUGAUCCAUUCUUCUGUCUGCGAGACUGCAAGGGCGAGCACGCAUGCAGCUCGCCGGCAGCGGCCGCCGGCACGAAGGAGAGAAGCGAAAGCGACUGGGUAAAGGGCGUCAUCCCGUGCUCCGCGAACGUAAAGGCGGCGCCCCAACGGCGAAGGCCGCGGGGGCAACUGGGCAAGACCCGGACAUUGUUAACAACAGCUGUAUAUGGAUUUAGCUAGAAUUGUACUAGAAAUUUAUGGAUCCUGAUCCCUUGCUCUGUAAUAACUUGGUGGAUUCUACAACUCAGCUCUAUGUGCCAGAAUAAAGAAAGAACUUGUUCCCUGAUACAA